GAUAUUGUCGAGAUGGAGGAGGAUCACGAGGACUUCGACGUCCUGCUGGUGGCCGACCCUCGCCGGCGGUGGUACUUCGACGCGGGGCCCCUGGGCCAGGCGGCGCCGCUGCUGCCGACGGCCUUCGGGGAGGCGCUCGCGAGGGCCGCCGCGGGCUACGGCCGCGUCUGCGCGGUCGGCGCGUCCAUGGGCGGCUUCGCAGCCCUGUGCUGCGCGGACGCGGUGGACGCGGUGCUGGCCUUCGGAGCACAGCUGGAGCUGGAGACGGCGCCGUACAGGCCUGGCUUCGACGCCGCGGCCCUCCGCCAGGCCUCCGCGCGCCUCCGCGCCGCGGUCGCGCGCCGGCGCGGCUCCGUGGAGGUGCACACGUCGCUCGACGGCCACCUCGGCCAGGCUCUGGCGCUGCACCCAGAGAGUUUCGAGGACGCAUCGGCGGACGCUUCCCCCUCAGGCCACCGCAGCCGCGCGCUGCGGCUGGUGGUGCACCCCUUCAGCGGCCGCUGCGCGCGGGUGCUGGAGCGCGGCGGGCUGCUGCUGCCGCUGCUGGCCGAGGCCCUGGCGCGGCUGCAAGGCGAGGUGCGGGCCGAGCUGGCGGGCGCGCCAACGAGACAAUUCUCCACAUAUUGGGAAGCCAGUCCCACGGCGGAGAGGCUCCAGGACCUCUGGGGAGCCGCGCUGUGA